GCCAAAAAAAAAAAAAAAAUCUCGGCCGGCCUCCCAUCAGCACCAUACCCGCACCUAACGCCAAUCGGACCAUCCAACGAAACCGAAAUCUUUGAGGAAAAGCAGCGGAGCUCGCAAGAACACACGCACCGCUUCCCUCCCCGCUCCUCCGACUCGAUCAGCCAAGCCAAGCACCCCCUACAAAUAAGCCAUCGCCACAUGUUGUCUAAUCCCGCCGCGUGCUGAUAUUUUCUUCCCUGUUUACCUUGCUAGCUGCUAUCAAUCGAUCGAUCUGCAGCUUACAGCGACGUCGUCGUCCAGGUCAGAGCUCGAGGCAGCGAGGAUCCUAUAUUUAUAAUGGCCGCCUCCAAUAGCAGCAGCUCUGGCAAGAACGGCACCAACCCGCUGGAGGCCAUGGGCGCCUUCUUCUCGAAGCAGGUCGACCGGAGGAAGCUGGUGACCACCGAGAAGCAGGCACUGGCCACGCGGCUGUCGGCGUCCGGCGAGGCGUUCCCGGGGUCCGAGCACCGGCCGGCGGACCGGAAGCGGUGGAUGGCGGAGCUGGGCGCGGACCGGGUGCGCGUGCAUCAGGUGGUGUGGCCCGGCACGCACGACUCGGCCACCAACAAGAUCGGCGUCCCGCUGGUGACCCGCCCCUUCGCGCAGUGCCAGUCCAUGUCCGUGUACGAGCAGCUGUCCAUGGGCACGCGCGUCAUCGACGUGCGCAUCCAGGAGGAGCGCCGAGUCUGCCACGGCGUCCUGGCCACGUACCCCGUCGACGUCGUGCUCGACGACGUGCGGCGCUUCCUGGGCGAGACCGAGUCGGAGGUGGUCAUCCUGGAGGUGCGCACCGAGUUCGGGCACGAGGACCCGCCCGAGUUCGACAGGUUCCUGGUCGACAAGCUCGGCGAGGAGCACCUGAUCCCGCAGGACGAGGCGGUGUUCCACAAGACCAUCGCGGAGCUGCUCCCGCGGCGGGUGAUCUGCGUGUGGAAGCCCCGCAAGUCGCCGGCGCCCAAGCCCGGGGGCCCGCUGUGGAGCGCGGGGUACCUCAAGGACAACUGGAUCGACACGGACCUGCCGGAGACCAAGUUCGAGAGCAACCUCAAGUUCCUGGGGCAGCAGCCGCCGGUGGCGGAGCGGCGCUUCUUCUACCGGGUGGAGAACACGGUGACGCCCAAGGCCGACAACCCGGUGCUGUGCGUGUGGCCGGUCACCAAGCGCAUCCACGGCUACGCGCGCCUCUUCAUCGCCGAGGCCUUCGCCAAGGGCCUCGGCGACAAGCUGCAGGUCUUCGCCACCGACUUCAUCGACGGCGACUUCGUCGACGCCUGCGCCGGCGUCACCAAGGCGCGCGUCGACGGCACCGCCUGACUACCGCGGGACGGAAUCGCCAGGAGGCCGACGCGUCGGACCUGCGGGUGCGCCGUGCGCACGGGCUCCGUAGCAAUUAGAGGAGCCGCCGCGAUUACAGGCAGGGCAGGCAGGCAGGCAGGCUCAACCCGUUGGCCUCGCUGGACCAGUAUCCGUAGCGUAGGGCUUCGUGUACGUGCGUUGCGUGUAGCGAUUCGAACGCACGGCCAUGGGCCAUGGCAGUGUCUGUACAGUGUGGCGUGCAUUGGUGUUGUGCGGUUUGCACAGGAACAUGUGAUUCGUGUAUUUCUUCAAGUCUAGCGUGUAUAGUGAUGGAUUGCUCGUGGGAGCUUGAUGUGCAAAGGAAUAAACAGAAAGGGUUCGCCCUGCUCUGAUGAA